AUGGUAACUGAAAGGAGAGAGAUGGAAGAAACUAACGAAUUCUUUAGGUGCUCCAGGAUGUGGCUGUUGCUGACCCUGAUCAUUGCACAAGGGCAUGUGAGUCCAGUGGAAGUCAAAAACAUAACAGAAGUGAACCCUGAACAGUUUAUGAAUAUUAGUGAGAGAAUUCAGUACUGGGGAUAUCCUUCAGAAGAAUAUGAAGUGUGUACACAUGAUGGUUACUUCCUGAGCCUGAACAGAAUUCCAGGAGAAAUCUUUGUAUUUUUAGGCUCAAAAGCAGCUGUACUGCUAACACAUUGUUUGAAUAUGGAGGGCAGUGUCUGGGUAGCAAACAUGCCCGAUAGUAGCCUGGCCUUCAUACUAGCAGAUGCUGGAUAUGAUGUGUGGAUUGGAAACAACAGAGGCAAUUCCUGGUCUAGAAGACACCAACACCUUACAAUUGACCAAGAAGAAUUCUGGGAUUUUAGUUUUCAUGAAAUGGGUAUCUUUGACCUUUCUGCCACGAUAGACUUUAUUCUGCAGAAAACUGGACAACAACAAAUCUAUUACAUUGGCCAUUCUCAGGGAAGCAGUAUAGGUUUUGUGGGAUUUUCUGAGUUGCCUCAACUGGCUGAAAAAAUUAAGAUUUUUUUUGCUUUGGCUCCCUCAUAUAAUUUGCAAGGCCUUAUAAGUCCCGAAAUGCAGCUGCUACGUUUGCCAGAUGCAUUGAUAAAGAUUAUAUUUGGGAGGAAAGAAUUCUGUUUAUUGAGUAGGAGCAUGAGAGCAUCUGUGGCCAGAAAGUGCAGUUGCUAUCCAAUUGACUCUCUCUGCAAACAAGCUAUAUUCUUAUUUUGUGGAUUCAACGAGAAGAAUCUAAAUAAGAGUCGGACAGAUGUCUACUUGUCACGAUUCCCAGAUUAUACCUCUGUAAAAAAUUUUCUUCAUUGGGGCCAGGUAGUGAAAUCAGGGGAAUUCAGAUAUUUCGACUAUGGCCAAGAGAUGUUAGAUAAAUACAGCCAGACUUCUCCACCUUUGUACAGGAUAGAAGAGAUCACUGUGCCAAUAGCAAUAUGGCAUGGAGGACAGGACUGGAUUUGCCAGCCUGUGGAAAUUGAAGCUCUUUUACCACGUAUCACUAAUCUCAUUCAUUACAAAUAUUUUCCUGACUGGAACCACUUUGACUUCCUUUGGGGUCUUGAUGCUCCUCAGCGCUUGUACAGAGAAAUCCUUAACCUGAUGGAGAAACAGCUGUGA